AUGAACUGUGCGUACUACCAGCAGCACGGGGGUUCACACCCCGUGCCUCAUAAUGUCAACAAUAACUAUUUCAAUGAGGAACACCCGAGCUUACGCGGCACGCCUUUGGCGAUGCUUGCGGCUCAGUGCAACAAGCUUUCGAGUAAAUCACCUCCGCCACUAGCUGACGCGGCUGUCGGCAAAGGAUUCCAUCCAUGGAAGAAGAGUCCCGGCACUCACUCGCCGCCCGGUGGGGGCAUCGCACCACGGUCACAACCACCAGCGUGUGCUUCAUACGCGCGCGCACCAACGUCAUGCUCUGCAGCCCCUGGUUAUGGCAACGACCUUUACUUCCCCUCAUCUGGUGAUCAACUUCUUGGUAAAAGUGAAUCGAGCGCAAGUCUCGGCUCUAUGUACUCAAGGCAUCCAUAUGAAUCUUGGCCAUUUAACGUUGGAACUGGAGGCAGCCAACUUAAAGCAGCUGAAAUGGGCGGUGUUAGCGCCGUGGGUAGCACUUGGUGGGAUGUACACAGUGGGUGGCUCGACGUAGGAGGGCAGAUGGCCAAUUAUGCCGGACAAGAUUAUUCCCAGUUGACACAUUCGCUUUCGGGUGGAGCCCACUUACUCCCUCCAGCACCUCACCUGUUACAAGAUGCUUACAAGUCCGUACUACCAACUCAAGGAUCGUUUGGUCUCCAUGGACCUGGUUCUCCUGCACCAACGGCCCAGGCGCCAUCUCCUAGAUCACAAAGAAGAUACGCUGGUCGGGCCACAUGCGACUGUCCCAAUUGUCAAGAGGCCGAACGUCUUGGUCCCGCCGGCGCACACCUCCGAAAGAAAAAUAUUCACAGUUGUCAUAUACCCGGAUGCGGUAAAGUGUACGGAAAGACGUCCCACCUAAAAGCUCACUUACGCUGGCACACUGGUGAAAGACCUUUCGUAUGCAACUGGCUAUUUUGCGGUAAAAGGUUUACGCGAUCAGAUGAAUUACAGCGGCAUUUACGAACGCACACAGGUGAGAAGAGGUUUGCCUGUCCAGUUUGCAAUAAGCGUUUCAUGCGAUCCGAUCACCUAGCAAAGCAUGUAAAGACACAUAACGGAGGCAAGAAAGGUAGUUCAGAUUCUUGUUCAGAUUCAGAGGAGAAUAGCCAGGGAGAAAGUGGUAUAGGAAGUCGGUCGCCAGAGCAUCCACUAGAUGUGAAGCCGGGGACACUGGUGUGACGCGGGGGCGCGGCGCUGACCGUGCCGCAUCAUACGUCGCUGCUGUGAUAUCUCUGGCCGUGCGAGACCCCGCUGCCACCGCCUCCGCCUGUACAUAGCCAACAUAUCAAACACUGUUUAACGACAAUCUGUAGUGAUGAAUUGAAGACUUAGCAGUGUGAACGCUGCCUUAUAGUGAAUUGUGGUGAGACUUGAAAGUGUACAGUAUAGAAAUAGAUAUUAUUAAAUAUUGUCUAUUAAUAGUUAUAACUGGAUAUUAUAUUGUAAUUGAUGAAUAGAGUAAGUAGAACCGCACUCUUAGUCCAAAAUCGCAGUUGUAAUUUAUUUAAAUAAUUACAGUAUAGACUUAAGGUUGAUUCAUGCUAAGCCAUACACGUACCGUGCAGCCGUGUCAGGGCUCGAACUUUCGAAUAGUUUUGCACCCGGAAGGGGCAGCGACGCGACCAGCCCUUGUAUUGUGUCCCCAACUUUCUGAUAGUUGCUUAAUUCAACGCCAUACAAAAUUUGCCACUGGCAAAUCAUGUCUGUAAUAAUAUACGAUCGAUAAUCAACCUGCCAGAGGGGUUAUACAAUAAGACAGCUGGUGUAGAUACGACAUUUGUUCAUAUAAAAAUAUGUUGAAUAUUUCUAUAAGGAUAUUUUACGUAAGACAUAAGCACUAGUCGUAGUAGAAGUAGUAGUAUUAGUUAUUACUACUAGUACUACUAGUACACGGCAUGCAUCGCAC